CGGGAUCGAACCUGGGUCCUCAGAACUGUGAGGCCAACGCUUUACCGCCCCAAGUGUUAUAAUAAUUAUAAUAAUCAUGACACUGCGAUUAAAGCUAAUCCAAAGCAGAGAGGUUAUCUCUUGAAAGCAUCCAUUUUCCGAGCUGCUUAUCCUCACAAGGGUUGAAACCACACGAUAAAAACCACAGCAUAUGUAUUCAAAGGGGAAACGUGGAUUUGGACUGAUUGCGUAGUUAGUUUUAAACUCCACACUAUGAAUCAAUAUUAUUGUGAAUUCAAUAAAAGAGGCGGCACGGUGGGUCAUCUGGUAAAAGCGUUGGCCUCACGGUUCUGAGCACCCAGGUUCGAUCCCGUGUGGAGUUUGCGUUCUCCCCGUGCCUGUGUUACACUUGAAAGACUGCAGUCACCCAAUUCUUUGUGCAGCAUAUUAAAGUUGUGUAUUUUAUUUCUAUAAACGGCAAAGAAUACGCGUUAUAAAUAGCUUCUUCUGCGAAUGAGCUGGGCAGCGUUGGCUGACGGCUGCAACACAGCGCCCUCUGCUGGCGAAUUGCUGUUACUAUAUCGAACACAUUUAAACAAAGCAAAUGUUAUACUUAAGAGUUGAAUUUAAGUGGUAAAUUAUUUAAAAAAAAAAUGUUGUGUGGGUGGGCCAAAAUUAAUAAUUUUUCUAACAGUACGUUAUUAACGUUUAAGCAAUUCCACUCCAAACACAAUGUGCCACACCUGCGUGGGUUUUCUCCGAACAGUCCGGUUUCCUCCCACAACCCAAAAACAUGCAUCAUUAAUUGGACACUAUUAUUCUUUGUUUGACAAUAAAAAUGAUAAUAAUAAUAUUCCAGGGUGGCACGGUGAUGCAGCUGGUAAAGUGUUGGCCUCACAGAUCUGAGGACCCGGGUUCAAUCCCAGACCCGCCUGUGUGGAGUUUGCAUGCGCUCCCCGUGCCUGCGUGGGUUUUCUCCGAGCACUCCGGUUUCCUCCCACAUUGGACACUCUAAAUUGCCCCGAGGUGUGAUUCUGGGAUAGGCUGCCCUGUGACCCUUGUGAGGAUAAGCAGCUAAGAAAAUGGAUGGAUGGAUUCAAUAAAAGAUGUGAAAAGGUUCGUCACAAGAAAGGGAACACAGCCCUGCACAUCGCGGCGCUGGCCGGGCAGGAGCAGGUGGUCACGGAGCUGGUGAACUACGGGGCCAACGUCAACGCUCAGUCGCAGAAGGGUUUCACUCCACUCUACAUGGCUGCACAAGAAAACCAUCUAGAGGUUGUGAAGUUUCUUCUGGAGAACGGGGCUAAUCAGAGCAUUCCGACCGAGGAUGGAUUCACUCCUCUGGCGGUGGCUCUCCAGCAGGGCCACGAAAAUAUCGUGGCCUUGCUCAUCAACUACGGCACCAAGGGGAAGGUCCGCCUGCCCGCGCUGCACAUCGCGGCACGCAACGACGAUACACGCACGGCGGCGGUUCUGCUGCAGAAUGACCCGAACCCCGAUGUGCUCAGCAAGACUGGAUUCACACCCCUGCACAUUGCCGCACACUAUGAAAACUUGAAUGUGGCUCAGCUUCUUCUCAACAGAGGAGCCAAUGUCAAUUUCACCCCAAAGAACGGCAUCACCCCUUUGCACAUCGCAUCCAGACGGGGGAACGUGAUCAUGGUCCGGCUCCUCCUCGACCGAGGGGCACAAAUAGACGCCAAGACCAAGGACGAGCUCACGCCUCUGCACUGCGCGGCGAGAAAUGGUCACGUCAGAAUCAUAGAAAUUCUUCUCGACAACGGGGCCCCCAUCCAGGCCAAGACCAAGAACGGCCUGUCUCCGAUCCACAUGUCGGCACAGGGGGACCACGUGGACUGCGUCAAGCAGCUCCUGCAGUACAACGCAGACAUUGACGACAUCACGCUGGACCACCUGACCCCGCUGCACGUGGCCGCGCAUUGCGGGCACCACCGAAUGGCGAAGGCUCUGCUGGACAAGGGGGCCAAACCCAACUCUCGCGCACUGAACGGCUUUACGCCUUUGCAUAUUGCGUGCAAAAAGAAUCACAUACGCGUGAUGGAUCUUCUGCUCAAACACGCGGCGUCACUCGAGGCCGUGACCGAGUCCGGCUUGACGCCGCUGCACGUGACGUCUUUCAUGGGCCACCUCAACAUCGUGAAGAUCCUCCUGCAGAAAGGAGCCUCGCCCAGCGCUUCGAACGUGAAAGUUGAAACCCCCCUCCAUAUGGCGUCCCGGGCAGGACACUUUGAGGUGGCGGAGUUUUUAAUACAGAAUGCGGCACCGGUGGACGCCAAGGCCAAGGAUGACCAAACGCCGCUCCAUUGUGCCGCUCGAAUGGGCCACAAGGAAAUUGUGAAACUGCUGCUAGAGCACAAAGCCAAACCCAACUCCACGACCACGGCGGGACACACGCCGCUCCACAUCGCUGCCCGCGAGGGCCACGCGCAGACCGUGCGCAUCCUCUUGGACAUGGAAGCGCAGCAGACGAAGAUGACGAAGAAAGGCUUCACUCCUCUUCACGUGGCUUCCAAGUACGGCAAGGUAGAUGUGGCCGAGCUGUUGCUGGAGAGGGGAGCUAACCCGAAUGCUGCUGGGAAGAACGGUCUGACUCCCCUGCACGUCGCCGUGCAUCACAACAACCUGGAUGUUGUCAAGCUGCUCGUCAGCAAAGGGGGUUCUCCACACAGCGCCGCCAGGAAUGGCUACACCGCCCUGCACAUUGCGUCCAAGCAGAAUCAGAUGGAGGUGGCGAACAGCCUGUUGCAGUCCGGCGCUUCGGCCAACGCCGAAUCUCUCCAGGGCGUCACGCCGCUCCACCUGGCCUCGCAGGAAGGGAGGCCCGACAUGGUCUCGCUGCUCAUCUCCAAGCAGGCUAACGUCAACCUCGGGAACAAGAGUGGACUGACGUCGCUCCAUCUUGUGGCACAGGAGGGACACGUUGGCAUUGCUGACAUCUUAGUGAAGCAAGGCGCGUCGGUCUACUCGGCCACACGGAUGGGCUACACCCCUCUCCAUGUAGCGUGUCACUAUGGCAACAUCAAGAUGGUGAAGUUCCUGGUGCAGCAACAGGCCAACGUCAACAGCAAAACGCGGCUGGGUUACGCGCCCCUGCACCAGGCCGCCCAGCAAGGACACACGGACAUCGUGACGCUGCUGCUGAAGCACGGCGCCCAGCCCAACGAGACCACGACGAACGGGACAUCCGCCCUCGCCAUCGCCAAGAGGCUGGGCUACAUCUCCGUCAUCGACGUGCUCAAGCUGGUGACGGAGGAGACGGCGUCUAUGACCACCACAGAGAAACACCGAAUGAGCUUCCCAGAAACAGUGGAUGAGAUACUGGAUGUGUCCGAGGAUGAAGGACUUGCGCAGCUAACAUUAGGAGAGGAGCUCCUGGGGACCGAGGGGGCCAGGUACAUGAAGAUGGAUGACAUGAAAGACCGUGAUGACGAUUUCCUCUCCCCCAAGAAAUCACUGGAGUACGAGAGAGGGCUGGGCACAGCAAAUUACUCUCCGGCCAUUCCCAGGAUUCCGCGUGUUUCUCCCGAGACGGUGAUCCUGAAAGAACACGAUCUAGAUCAGCACACUCCGCUUCCGCUGCCCAAAGAGUACGACGAAGACUCUCUGAUUCCCAGCAGCCCCGCAACGGAGACAUCGGACAACGUCAGCCCGGUCGCCAGUCCCAUACACACAGGGUUUCUGGUGAGCUUCAUGGUGGACGCGCGUGGCGGCUCAAUGCGAGGCAGCAGGCACAACGGCCUGCGGGUCAUCAUCCCCCCGAGGACCUGCGCGGCUCCCACCCGCAUCACCUGCCGCCUGGUGAAGCCACAGAAGCUGACCAGCCCGCCGCCGCUGGUGGAGGGAGAAGGCCUGGCCAGCAGAAUCAUCUCGCUCGGCCCUGCCGGGAUGCAGUUUCUUGGACCCGUCAUUGUGGAGAUCCCCCACUUUGCCGCUCUGGGACGUGGCGACCGUGAGCUCGUCGUGCUGAGGAGCGAGAACGGAUCGGUGUGGAAAGAACACCGCAAUCGCUACGGCGACGAAGUACUCGAGACGAUCCUCAAUGGGAUGGAUGAGGAUUUGGAAAGUCAGGAGGAGCUCGUGAAGAAGCGAAUCCGCCGCAUCAUCUCCACCGACUUUCCGCUGUAUUUUGCCGUCGUGUCGCGGGUCCAGCAGGAGAGCGACCUGAUCGGCCCCGAGGGGGGUUCGCUGACGAGCAAACUGGUGCCGCUGGUCCAGGCCACAUUUCCCGAGACGGCGGUCACCAAGCGAGUCCGUCUGGGGCUGCAGGCUCAGCCCGUGCCCGACGAGCUGGUGGCCAAGUUGCUCGGGAACCAAGCCAACUUCAGCCCGGUGGUGACGGUGGAGCCUCGGCGGCGGAAGUUCCACCGGCCCAUCGGCCUGCGGAUCCCUCUGCCCCCGUCCUGGCGGGACAGCCCCCGGGACUCCGGGGAGGGCGACACCACCAGUCUGCGGCUCCUUUGCUCAGUCAUAGGUGGAACAGCUGCAGCUCAGUGGGAAGACAUCACCGGUACCACCAAGCUCGUCUACGCUAAUGAAUGCGCCAGUUUUACCACCAAUGUGUCUGCGCGGUUCUGGCUCGCGGACUGUCCUCGUACCGCAGAGUCGGUCUCCUUUGCCAACUUGCUUUACAAAGAGCUUUCGGCCGUCGCUUACAUGGCGAAGUUCGUGGUGUUCGCCAAGAUGAACGAGUUGCGCGAAGGGCGCCUGCGCUGUUACUGCAUGACUGACGAUAAGAUGGAUAAAACCCUGGAGCAGCACGAGAACUUCACGGAAGUGGCCCGCAGCCGGGACAUCGAGGUGAUGGAGGGAAUGCCGCUUCACCUGGAAUGUUCCGGGAAUCUCGUACCGGUGCGGAAGGCCGCCCAGCAGCCCCGCUGCUUCAGCUUCCAGGCCUUUCGAGACAACAGACUUCCCGUCUCCGUGAAGGUGAGAGAUAGCAGCAAAGAGCACGCCGGGUUCCUGUCCUUCCUUCGCAAGCCCACCAAGUAUGAAGACGGUCAACACGUGCUGUGCAACCUCAACAUUACAAUGCCGCCGUGCAUCAAGAUUAUUGGAAGUGAAGACCGCAGGCGGACUUUGACCCCGCUGGCUCUAAGGGAAAGAUACAGUGCCCUGAACGAACCUGCCAUGGCGUCGAUGAGCGCCAUGGAGAGGGCGGAGCUGAAGAUGGCUGUCAUUGCCGAGCAGCUGGGACUGAGCUGGGCUGAGUUGGCUCGGGAGCUUCAGCUGAGUGUAGAUGACAUCAACAAGAUCCGUGUGGAGAAUCCCAACUCCCUCCUGGAGCAGAGUUCUGCACUCCUCAACCUGUGGGCGACCCGCGAGGGCAAGAGAGCCAAAAUGGAGACCUUGUACGUGGCGCUGAAGAGCAUCGACCGCGUGGACAUCGUCAACAUGCUGGAGGGCCAACCGGCGCAGCCUACCAGACGCGGCUCCGGUGAACUCGGCAGGCGCCAUAACGACCGAGAACGCCUCUCUCCCGCUUUGACCAAUGGUUACGGGCUGGCGCAGGAUGAGCUCCUGUCCCCGGCCUCCAUGCAGUACAGCCUGCCCUCGCCGCUGGGCGCCGAGCCCUACUGGCAGGAGGUCUCCAGCCUGGACUGCGCGCCCAUCGCCACCACAGAGGAGGACACCCUCAUGGAGAUGUCCGACGUGCAGGUGUGGCCCUCCGGUAAUUCCCCCUCCCUGGUGCCCUUGGAGGAUUCCUCGCUGGAGUGCAGCAACGCGGACGACUCCGAGGCCCUGCUCGGGCUGCCCUUCGGGAGCCUGGGUCGUCCGGCCGGUCGGGCCGGCGGAGGGGGCGCCGUGCUGAGCGGUUCGACCGAACCGCCCGAGGACGAUUCGGAGAUGGGCGUCGACUCGCUCAGCACCGCCACGCCGGCCUCGCUCGGCGGCACCAUCGCCGGUAUCAAUCUGAACGGACUGAACAACGGUCUGGGGUCGGAGGCGAGUUCGGAGUUAUCGCCCGUCACCAGCGCAACUGGUGGCAACGGAGAAGUAGGAGGAGGAGGAGGAGGAGGAGGAGGAGGGAAUCUGGACUCAGAGGAGGGGCUUUCUCUUGUUGCAGGACAGCAAAGGGUCUAUGCCCGACUCAGUGAGUCACCCGGUCUCACCUGCGUUGCAGAUCGGAACGGUGACAGGUCGUCAAAUGGCGGAAGCGGGAGCGGCGGCAGCUCGUUCAUGUCCUACCUGCAGGAGCAGACGGGCCCAGGGUGGAUCCCAGCCGCGGACGCGCAGGCCUGGCUGGCCAACCAGCCAAAAACCCGACAGGUCAUUGACACCGUGAUCACGUCGUGCUGCAACUCCGUGGACGGGGACCAGUCGCGUUUGUCCCAGGAGGCCUUGCUGCAGCCCGUGAGGGACGCGGGCCACGCCGAGAUUUUGCGGGGGCGCCUCCGGGGUACCCAGCCCUUUGAGAGGGCCUGGGAUGACGUGCGCUGCAAAGGGCAGGGGGACGAGGCUGACGACCUGCCCGGGGAACAGAUCAGCGAGGAGCAGUUCAGCGACGAGCACGGCAACAUCAUCACUAAAAAGAUUGUGCGAAAGGUUGUGCGCAGAGGAAAGGGGGAGGACGGCGUCCAGGACGUGAGCGCGGACGGUUCCCUGCAGGACGCCAACGAGCUGGAGGCGGACGCCGAGCAGUUCAUGAGCUACGCCGUCCUGGGCCGGGAAAGCAGCAAGCCCGAUACUGUGGAUACUGCGAAGAAAGGUGCUCAGAUAGUGAAAUGCGCCAGUCUGCGGAGAGUUAAGCAGUGAGGCGGGCUGAGCGCUGCUUUCCCGCAGACUUCUCUGCAGGACUCCAGCCCGUCCCCAAAAACCUCUUACAUGGACACAUGACCAGCAGCAGCGGCCGACACAAAAGGAAGAACACUCGCAAAUACACAAACAAAAAAAGGCAGACAAAGGGAAUGAAAGGCACUGCUGGCACACAUAUCGGAAUGUUAACUGCAGUUUUGAACAACCCUUGAUUUUUAUAGAAAAAAAAAAACAACAACAACAACAACAUGGACAUAUGAUCAACUACUAAACUAAAAGCAUGAUUUCCUAUUUUUAAAAAAAACGAGGCAAAAAAAGGAGCACCCAAAACAUGCUUCCUGUUGUCUGUCAGCAUGAGCAACUGCCGGCGCAUGGCCUGUCUUUAACUAGAAAUACUGAAGGUUUUUUGGGGGGGCGGGGGGGGGAUCUUGUCUGGCGCGAUUCAGUCGUGCGGAUGCAGGCAUGCAACGUGGGUUCCGUGCGAUCCAUUCGCGGAAACAUUUUCCAGAACCGGGAAACUUUGGUUCUGCAGAAACGGUAUUCGGCGUGGAGGCGACCUCCGACCUCUCCUCCGGCGAUGAAGCGCCACCCCAAAUUGGAACCUGACGGCACAACAACUAUUACCCGCGCGUAUAUGUGUCCUUGUACAUAUUAGGGUAUGCAAAAACUGCAGUGUUCCGUUGCUGUUUGAGAUCCUACUGAUGCUGCUCUGGUAUUCGUCCCUCUUCUCCGGCUCAAUUGGAACUUAUUACAUUAUUAUAAAUACAAUAUCUUUGUGUGUUCAGCGACAAUGUGACCUAUAUUUUCCCAUGCUCUCUAUGUGACCCCCCCCCCUUCUCCCCACCUCUAACUUACCAUGUAGAGCAGGGGUGUCAAACUCAUUUUUGUCAUGGGCCUUUAUGACGUGAAAUUUAUGAACGAGGCAUGUUUUUUUUCGACUAUUGUUGAUGUUCGGGCACACAAAAACAGUGGUUGCAAUAUCUCGAUGUUAUCAUUUAUAUGGCGAAUUUAAAUUCUGGAACAGAUUUCAACCAUCAUAGACGAGGGAUAGGCAUGAUUCGCCUUCGCGGGCCCCCUGGCAUCGAGUUUGACACCGGUGAUGUCGAGGUUUUGUCGUAUUUAUAAAUGAAGCAGGCCGCAUGCGACCCCCCGCAAUAAGUCAGUGUUCAUCAUUUAUGAGCCAGAACGCAACUUGUGCUUCCCACUACGACUUGAA